AGGGAAGCUGUCGCGAGGUCAAGUCCUGAUAUAGCCGAUCGGAAAGAGAUGAGCAUGCACGCCUUGUAGCUGGUAGCAACCUCGGUUGUUGUUGCUGCUGCCAUGGGCACAGCAGUCGCCCCAUCCGCCUGGGGUCGAGAGCGAACACACGCAUGGGCUUCAUUUGAUAAGAGAACCAGGCCCUGGCGGACAGGUGAGAUCAUCCAAAAAAGAAAGCAACCCCUCCCGUGAACGGGUUCAAAUUUUGACUAGUUAUGUCAGCCGUAAUGAUUGUCGCAGGAACAACACACAACCUCUUGGCAAGAGUUCGGGAUCGUGACAGAAGCAACCCAAGCCCAGUGGAACUACCACGAGCGCCGUCAUGGAGCCUCUCAAGGUCGCAUUCCUCGGCCCUGCCGCAUCAUUUUCUCACCAGGCAGCGGUUGAAAGCUUUGGAUCCUCGGCCGAACUAUUGCCCCAUGUGUCGUUCCCGGAUGCUUUCGCAGCAGUGCAGGCAGACAGAGUCGAUUACGCUAUAAUUCCUUGCGAAAAUUCAACCAAUGGCUCUGUUGUUCAGACCCUAGACCUCUUGGCGGACCCCAGCGGCCUUUACAGCGAUGUGAAAGUGUGUGGGGAGCAUUAUUUGACAGUCCACCACUGCCUCCUGACCCGGAAGGGUCUUUUCCCACCAGGCCAGCGAGAUUACAGCUCCAUUACCAAGCUGUAUACUCACCCACAGGCAUGGGGCCAGUGUGAGGGUUUCCUUGAGAGGACUUUCAAGGGCAUCGAGAGACAGGAUGUCUCAUCAACCUCCAAGGGCGCUGGGAUUGUGUCGAAAGAGACGACGGAGCGAAGUGGAGCAAUAGCCAGUCGAUUUGCUGCGGAAUAUCACGGCCUGGAUGUAUCGGAGGAGAACAUCGAAGACAAGGCUAAUAACACCACGCGUUUCCUGGUGCUCAGGAACGUGAACUCGGAGCGUACAAGUCGACUGUCCUUUGGGGAUGUCAAGGUCUCCCCGGCACAAGGGCCGACUUCGGUUACACCAACGGCGCAGAAGACACUUAUAUCAUUCAUGAUUCGCCAGGACUGUCCGGGCGCUCUGGCAGAUGCUCUUUUGCUCUUCAAAAACCAAGGCAUGAAUCUGACGAGCAUUAACUCGCGGCCGAGCCAGAUAAGGGCUUGGAAGUACGUAUUUCUAGUCGAAUGCCAAUCCGUUCCAUCCAGUGAAAAUAAGGAUUCGGUGUCUGAAAUAAUUGGCGGACUACAGGAGGUCACGGACGGUUGCAGGCACCUGGGAACAUGGGCGGACCAAUUCGUAUCCGUCUAAAGUAUAGUUGAUAAUAUGGCGCGGGCGUGCCUACACUGCUUGUAUCUGCCACACUUCGCAUAGAUGCAUUCUAUCCAUACCCUGAACAGGAGCAUGAGUUAUAAAGCAGUUAAAUUGCCAGGCAGGCCACUUAUGUGAUGCGCAGCCAGGUUUACAGGCAUCUACAGGACCAGUAGUGACAGGGGAAAGGAAAGCAAUGUUAGUUUCCUUUGUUUACAAGAAUA